AUGAAGAAGCUCUUCCACAUGAGUGAUUUGGGCCUGCUCAGCUUCUACCUUGGCAUAGAGGUUAAGCAGGAGGUGGACGACAUCACGCUCAGCCAGGCCGCGUAUGCCAUGAAGAUCCUUGAGAAGAGCGGCAUGGUUGGGUGCAACCCGUGCCACGUACCAAUGGAGCCUCGGUUCAAGCUUAGCAAGGUGAGCACCGCGCCGGCGACAGAUGCAACGGAGUACCGCAGCGUCGUCGGCAGCCUGCAGUACCUGGUGCACACACGCCCCGACAUCGCCUAUUCAGUGGGCUACGUGAGCCGUUUCAUGGAGGCGCCCACCACCGAGCAUCGGGCCGCCGUCAAGCAAAUUCUCUGGUACGUCGCCGGAACACAGCACCUCGGGUGCAGGUACACACGCAGAGACAAACGAGUUGUGCUGUGCGGGUACAGCGACAGCGACAUGGCGGGCGACGUGGACACCCGCAAGAGCACCACCGGCGUUAUGUUCUUCCUCGGGCCUAACCUGAUCAGUUGGCAGUCCAUGAGGCAGAAAGUGGUCGCUCUUUCAUCUUGUGAAGCAGAGUACAUUGCCGCAACAACGGCGGCAUGCCAGGGUAUCUGGCUAGCUCGCCUCCUCGGUGAGCUGCAGAAGAAGGAGGCCGAGCAGUUCACGCUGAAGAUGGACAGCAAGUCAGCAAUUUCCCUCUGCAAGAACCCUGCCUUUCAUGGCAGCGUCCAUAACUCGAUCGUGAUCCGGAUUAGUAGCUGGUUUUCAGGGUUUUUAGUGUUCCCUGUAACCUCCCCAUAA